CUUCCAUCUCAUUCCCAAAGUGGAACAUCUAUGGAUAUGCCACAAGAUCCUCCCGUUGAUAACAAUUCACAAGCAAAUCCAGACACAGAUACAUCAUCCUACACACCAAAUAACAUCAAAUGGGGGUCAAAGGAUAGAUCAGAUGGACGAAUUUGGAUAAGAUCAGAACUUGGAAAUAACUUUUAUCCAGAAGAGGUAGUGAGGAGUGCUAUAACAAAAAUUUUCAAGGAAAAUUUUGGUGGGGCGUGGUCAUGCUGGAAAGAUGCAAAACAAAAUGAGGAAGUACCGUUGCUUUGGUUUAAUGAUUUUAAGGCUAAAUUCAAGUGGCUUGCAAAUGAUGAAGCUAACAUUAAAAAGAGCUUUAAUAGUAGGGGGUCUUUGGCAUUAAAAAAUGCCUUGUUCAAGGUGCGUAGUGGUGAAGAUAAAGGUGAAUGGGUUGGUGUAGACAACUUGAAACAGUUGGAGGUUAAAUGGAAAGAAGAGAAAUGGCAAAAAAAUUCUUUGACUAAUAAACAAAACAGGCAGUCUAAAGUUGGGCACAAUGUGCAUAGUGGAGGAUCCAUAUCUGCUAGAGUGCAUAACAAAAAAAUGGUUAGUGAUUCUUUUUGUUUAAAUUACAGUGUAAAAAUGUUCAUACUAACUUGUUGUUUGUUGGUUAUGUUUUAGAGAGUGGAAUUGGAUAGGGAACCAACAUGGUUUGAGAUUUAUGACAAACUUCAUAGACCAAAAGGGAAACCAGAUGGGUGGUUUAAUGAAACACAAGCUAAGAUAGCUGAAAUGUACCAAACUCAAAUGUUUGAGAAACACUCUCAAAGUGGUGAGAUUAGUAGUCAACAACCUACUGAAGAAAUUCACAAUGAUAUUUAUAUGGAAAUUGUUGGAGGCAUUAACAAGAAGGGGCGCAUAUUUGGAUUAGGAUCUCAAGCUGCUGUUGUCAAAGAAUCUUUGAGACCGUCACGCUCAAUUUCUACUGAUGUACCUUCUUCUGAAAAAGUUGCUGCUAUGGAGGCUAAGAUUGAAGCAUUAACCGCUGAACUUGAAAAGAAAAAUCUUGAACAAGAAACGCUAAAACAAAAGAUGGAGCGCUUGGAGCAAAUGAUUGGGAAUAUUGUGCCUAAUAUGAACACUUCAAUUCUGCCGAAAGGAGAAGGUGAUAAUGGUGACAACUAGAUAGAUGAACUUUAGCUUAAUUGGUUGCUUUUAUUUUGGUAUCUUUUGUUAGAUCAAACAUAUCAUGGUCUUUUAUAUUUUAGACAACUUUAUGUUAGUAACUACUAAGUGGAUUGAUGGUAAACUUAUCUUGGUAACUACUAGGUGGAUUGAUGAUAAACUUUAGUUUAGUUACCUUUAAUAUUUUGUGAUGAUAUUUUGUUUUUAUGAAUUCUCCUAACUUGAUGGGUAUCAAAAUAUUAUUGACAUUCUUGAAA